AUGAGCGCUCGGCUGUCAAGCAAGGAAGACUACGAGUCUCUUCUCGACAAGUAUGACACAUGGAUGUUCGACUGCGACGGAGUAUUGUGGAAUGGCGACAGACUUGUCGAUGGCGCGGUGAAAGUCCUGGAAAUUCUGCGGAGUCACAAGAAAUCGGUGCUGUUCGUAACGAAUAAUGCGACAAAGUCGAGGCAGAGUUACAAGAAGAAGUUCGACAAGUUGGGGGUGGAAGCGCACGUCGACGAAAUAUUCGGAUCGGCGUAUGCGUCUGCGGUGUACAUCUCCUCGGUGAUGAAGCUGCCUAAAGACAAGAAAGUCUACGUCGUAGGUAUGGAAGGGCUCGAGCAAGAACUGACAGCGGAAGGCAUCUCGUAUGUUGGGGGAACCGACCCUGCGGACUACACCCUCGAGCCGUUCUCCCUCUCUAACUUCACCCCCGACCCCGCCGUCGACGUCGUCCUGUGCGGUCUGGACACGGCCAUCAACUACACCAAGCUCUCCAAGGCGUUCCAGUACCUUCAGAAGCCGCAGGUUACGUUCCUCGUCACGAACGACGACAGCACGUACCCCAGUGAGGGCGGCUUGCUGCCCGGCGCGGGCGCGAUCAGUGCGCCGCUGAAGACGGCAAGUGGGAGAGAGCCACUGAGCAUCGGGAAACCGGCGAAGACGAUGCUGGACUGUAUUAAGGCCAAACACAAUUUUGAUCCCGAGCGGACGCUCAUGGUCGGCGACCGCCUCAACACGGAUAUCCUCUUCGGCCAGGCUGGCGGGGUCUCGACCCUGUUGGUACUCACAGGUAUCACUCACGUCGAGGACAUCACCGGCCCGAAUGCAUCCACCAUUGUCCCCGACUAUGUCACAAGCUCUAUCGGAGACUUGCGCGUCCUUGCAUAG